AUGCACGGCCUCCUGGGAUGGCUGAUGGUAACCGCCACUGCCGUGGCCAUCAGCGAUAUCCCGCAGGCUUUUCAGUGCACCAGUGUGGCAAAUCCUUGCGAUUGCGCCGAUGGCUUCAAGUGCUGCAACACGUCGACUUCCAAGGGCGUGAAAAAUCGCGAGGAUGCCGAGCACUGCUGCUGCCCCACCAAUGACACUCUCCUCUUCGGCUCGGCGGCCGCCGUGUGCGUGGAGGCGAAGAAAUGCCAGUACACUUGCUGCGAAGCGGGCAUGAAGCUCUGUGGGAGCGAAUGCUGCGACGCCACCGCCAAGUGCGUUGAGGGAAAGUGCGGCUCCAGCAGUACCACGAUGAAGCCACCUUCAGGUUGCUCCCAGCGAUCCUGGUGGGAGAUUAUGCCUGCCGGGGGCUAA